GAUUUUUUUUUAUCUAAAACUUCAAAUUAUUUCACAUAUUGAAAAAUUAAAUACUAUUUGAUGUAUAUGAUUAUGCGAUAUCGUUUAUACAUCGUCAUGUAAUAUUAGAUCGGUAUUAUGCAUCAACUAUUAUUUUAUUAAAUUACAAUAGAUUUUUUGUAAACUUAAAAUGGGAGAUGACUGCAACGUAACAAUAAAAGAGGUAUUUCAAGAACCUCGAAAAAGAUUUUGGCUGAGAUCUAGAAAACGACCAAAAAGUGAUGUGGUUAGUGUUAAUUCUAUGGAUAUAUCUAUAGAAUCAGAUACGGGAAAAAAGAAAAAGAGACGCAGAAUUACAGAAGUAGCUAGUAGUAUAUUCUCUUCUAGUACUUUAGGCGUAAAAGUUGGAAAUACUCUUCAUAGAUCAUUUAGUAUCCAACAAAACACAGAUGAUUUUUUAUUUACCGAUGAAGACGCACAUGCAAAUACAAUAAGGAAAAAACGGAGAAACAGUUCAGAUAGUACAAAUAAUUUUACGCUUAGAAGUUGGUUGCUAGAUAUAGCAAAUGAAAAUGUUAAAGAAACAUUAAAUAGCACUUUAGGUCAAAGAGAAGUAAAAAGACAAGAGGCAAUUUAUGAAUUAUGUUGCGGAGAAAACUUGCUCAUUGAUGAACUUACCAUUCUUCGUGAUCAUUAUUAUGAACCAUUGAUUUCUAGUAAUAUAUUCACUUUGCAAGAAAUACGUACACUGUUCAGUGACCUUACCAGUAUUAUUGAAAUUCAUUGUAAUUUACGAAAUGAGUUGAUCAAUUUACGAGAUUGUUCGGGAUUUACAGACAACAUUGGUGCUACGAUACUCAAUUGGAUACCAAAAUUAACGGAACCUUAUUUAGAAAGAUGUAGAACACAAGUAUGGGCAAGGCAUUUACUCGAGGAAAAGAAAGCAACUAAUAAACGUUUCCAGGCAUUUUUAAAAAGAAAGUUAGGAACACCCCAUUCUCUUGACUUAUGGGCUUACUUAGAUGUACCACGAUCAAGAAUAGUUAAAUAUCCUUUAUUGAUAAAAGAAAUAUUAAGACAUACUACUGCCGAUCAUUUAGACCAAAUUCCCUUAAAGGAGUCAAUUAAUAAACUCACAGAAUUACUACAGAAUAUUGAUGAGGCUAUGGGAAAGGCUGAAUGUAAAUUAGCUCAAACAAAAAUCAAUAUUAAAAAUGAAUAUGAUCCAACUGAAUGUAUUAAUAAUGCAACAGAAUUAAUUACAGAGGGACAAUUAAAAGAUUCGAAAGGAAUGAAAUUUUAUUGUUUUCUUUUUGAUACGUGUUUUGCUAUAACACGCUCCACAAGACGUAUACCUAAGAAAUAUAAUCUAUUUUUUCCUGUUAUACCAAGAGAGCAAAUAUCAUUAUGCGCCGAACAGAAAAAUUGUAUAGACUUUGGAUUCAAAAUAGGUGAUUACUUUCUCAUAUCAGAAGAUAAACACGGUAAACGGCAUUGGACUGAUGCCUGCAAUAAAAUUAUUAACUCUUUAAAUACUAAAGAAAAUAAAGGGAAUGAAAAUAAGUCGAAUUUAAUACUGCAAACGCCUAACCGAUCUAUACGAAAAUCAGGAAAUAGUACAGAUGAAAACUUUACUUUUUCUUUAAAAAGAAAUAUUUUAAAACAAAAACAAAAUAGUAUUUCUUUCGAUAAAUAACGUAA